AUGAAUGGAGAUUGCCGGACACCGAUCGCUUCCUCCGACCAGCUGCUCGAACAAGCAGCAUUCGACUCCCACCGUUCCCGCAAGCAAAGUCCUCUUUGGAAUCACCAUCUGCGACAAUGCCUGUCUUCGCCGGCUGACAGCGGCGUGUGGAUUGUCUCUAAAAGAACAACAAUACAACAGGAAGAGGAGGUGAUCGAGAGCGUCGCGCAAGUGGAUCUGGCCAAACAAGGCAUACGUCUGUUUUGUCGAGAUCCAUUGGAUGCUUUUGCUUGCUCGGCAGCGGUGGAGGUGACCCGUGCUGCUUUGGAUUUACUCCCAUCAGAGACCAGUGUGGAUGAUAAAAGAGAGAAUGGCAGCGAGAACACAAGAUCAGUACUAUUCAAGGCUUUGGAUAGACGCCUGAUAAGUGUGCUACAAGAUUCUUUGGGUGGAAACUACAACGUGACGACUGUGUUUCACUCAAAGUGUGGCAUGUGGGUUUGUCCGACUUUGCAAAGAAAUAAUAAUGAAGAAGACCUGCAUAGUAUUCCAUCCAACGCAUUCCUUCGCUCACUGACGCAAUAUGAUGCCGUUCUGGUGAAUUCUCGAUGGACCUACGCGGGCAACGGAUCUUUGGACAUGAUCCAGACAAUGAUUGCCAGGGGUGGAGGCUGUUGCGGGUUGCAAGUUGAUGGCACUUUGGUAGCAUGGGUUUGCCAAUACCUGGACGGGGCACUGGGCAUGCUAUGGACAGAAGAAGGCCACCGAAAAAGAGGAUAUGUUUCGAUGGUCAUGAGGGCUGCAGUCAAAAGCAUCCAAUCAGCUUCCGAGUCCAAUGAUGAGCCCGUCGUGGCAUUUGUCGUAGACGACAAUCAGGCCAGUUCUGAGCUUUUAACAAAGUUGAAGUGGGAAAGGGUGGCAGAUGCUGAUUGGGUGCGAUUGUCAUUCGAACGCAAAUAA